UUACUCUUAUUAAGGAAUUUUCAUGUCUAGGGCUUCCCUGGUGGCACAGUGGUUAAGAAUCCGCCUGCCGCUCUUUUCUCAUCCCCCAUCCUAUGUAUGUUGAAUUUGCUCCUCGCCAUGUCUUCUCACAAGACUUUCAGGAUCAAGCGAUUCCUGGCCAAGAAACAAAAGCAGAAUCAUCCCAUUCCCCAAUGGAUUCAAAUGAAAACUGGUAAUAAAAUCAGGUACAACUCCAAGAGAAGACAUUGGAGAAGAACCAAGCUGGGUCUAUAAGGAGCCUCACAUAUGAAGUGGCACACAUGUAUGCUAUCAAGGUCAAUUGCAUCUUACUGUAUCAGAACAUCACUAGUGUCUGGAACAGCUGCCUGUGUUUGAUGGGAGAAAUGGAAUGGCUCUCUCCUCUUUUUUUGAUAUUUCCUCACCACUGUUCACUGUGUAACUCAGAAAUAAAUAUGAAACCUUUUGUUGGAAAAAAGCAAAAAAGAAUCCGCCUGCCAAUGCAGGGGACACAGGUUUGAUCCCUUGUCUGGGAAGAUUCCACAUGUCGCAGAGCAAGUAAGCCUGUGCACCACAACUACUGAGCCUGCGCUCUAGAGCCCGCGAGCCAUAGCUACUGAGCCCGCGUGCCACAACUACUGAAGCCCACAUGCCUAGAGCCCGUGCUCCACAACAAAGAGAAACCAACGGUAAUGAGAAGCCCACACACUGCAACGAAGAGUAGACCCCGCUCACCCCAACUAGAGAAAGCCCGUGCCCAGCAACAAAGACCUAAUGCAGCCAAAAAUUAAUUAAUUAAUAAUAAAUAAAUAACCAAUAAAAAGGCAAAUGUAACCCA